GAAUGAAUGAACUAAACUAAGUGAAAUGAAAACGUUUCAAAUUUGGCUUGUUUUAUUUCAUUUUUAAUUAUUUUGCCUCAUUUUAUUAUUAUGAUAGUGGGUGCAGGAAAAGGGAGUAGGUAAUAGAUACCCAAACAGAAAUAACGCUACCACCAUGGAGGCGCCAUCGAUAGAUACAGUCUACCAAGCCAUCAGUGCCUUGUACGAAACCAAUCCCAAUGCAAAAAAUGAUAAAGAAAAAGCCUCUACUUGGCUCGGGGAUGUUCAGAAAUCUAUCCAUUCAUGGAAGAUAGCAGAUGAACUGUUGCAACAGAAAAAGAGUGAGCAGUCGUACUACUUCGCGGCGCAGACGAUGCGGUCCAAGGUGCAGCACAACCUGGCGGAGCUGCCGGCGGAGUCGCUGCUGUCCCUGCGCGACUCCCUCGUGACGCACCUGAAGGAGACCAGCGGCGACACCAGCCCCGCCGUGCUCACGCAGCUGUGCCUGGCGCUCGCCGACCUCGCGCUGCAGAUGCCCGUCUGGCAGAAUUCCAUUAGUGACUUUAUUAGCAAUUUUUCAAACGGCAACGCCUUCGUGUUACUAGAAAUACUGACUGUGCUGCCACAAGAAAUAGACUCAAGUAAUUUGAAAUUAGGAGAAAACCGAAGAGAAGACAUCAAGGCAGAGUUGAGGUCUAACUCGCAAAUAGUGACCAUGUUUCUGAAGGAAAGCAUCAUGGCUCACAUGCAGAACACACACAUAGCACUGAAAAUAGUUAAAUGUAUGACGUCUUGGAUCCAAGUGAGAGCUAUCAAUAUUCAGGAUGUGCCACAGAAUGCUGUGAUAGGGUAUAGUUUGCAAGUGCUGAGAGAACAUGACUCCAUCAACACGCUGCACGAUGCUGCAUCAGACUGUAUAUGUUCCCUACUGCACUGCUUAGAAGAAAAUAACAAUGACGACAGUGUUGAAAGACUUUUGUUUAACAGUGUGUCUGAGCUGGAGAGUAGCUACCACAUGGCCGUGGCCAAUGAGGAGGAGGAGAAGGCGGCCAACUACGCCCGAGUGUUCACCGAGCUUGCCGAGUCUUUCUUAGAGAAGAUCAUCCUGAGUGCUUCCAGUGGGGAGAGCCACUUUGCCGUCAGAUCUCUGGAACUGGCCCUAGUCUGUGUCGGCCAUCAUGAUUAUGAGGUGGCAGAAAUAACGUUCAACCUAUGGUACCGUCUCUCGGAGGAGGUGUACCAGAGAGACUACCAGCCCCUGACGGACACGUUCAAGCCCCACAUAGAGCGGCUGAUCGCGGCGCUCGCGAGGCACUGCCAGUGCGAGCCUGACCGCGCCGACCUGCCUGAUGAGGGAGAUGACUUCUAUGAGUUCCGCACAAAAGUGACCGAGCUGAUCAAGGACGUAGUCUUCAUCGUGGGCUCGUCGUGCGUGUUCCGGCAGAUGUUCGCGGCGCUGCAGGCCUCCGCGGCCGGCGACCCCGCGCCCUGGGAGCAGACCGAGGCCGCGCUGUUUGUCAUGCAGGCGGUGGCUAAUAAUAUACUGCCAGACGAGAACGAAUACGUGCCGAAAGUCGUCGAAGCCAUCCUAUCAGCCCACGCGUGCAAGCACCCGGCCGUGCGCCGCACGUGCAUGUCUCUACUGGGCGAGCUGUGCGAGUGGGUGGAGCGCCACGGCGAGUGCCUGCCGGCGUGCCUGCAGUGCCUGCUGCGCGCCGUGGCCGAGCCCGCCACGAGCCUGCAGGCCGCUGCCGCCGUGCACAACAUCUGCAAGGCGUCCCGCGCGUCGUGCGGCGCGCACGUGCCGGCGCUGCUGGAGGCGACGCGCGCCGCCGACCAGCUGCAGCUGCCGCCGCCCGCCGCCUGCCACCUCGUGCGCGCGCUGGGCGCCGCCCUGGGCGCGCUGCCGCCCCCGCAGCUAACCCUAGCCCUGCAAGAAGCCUGCGCGGUCCAGCUCUCCCCGCUCUCCGCCCUCGCCACCCGCCCGCCCGCGUCCAUCGAGCGGCACUCAGUGACUGACCCGGGGCGCUACCUGGACCGGCUGGCGGCCUUGUUCCGCGCGCUGGAGCCCCCGCCCGGCGCCGCCGCCGCCGCCGCGCCCGCGCUGCUGCAGGCCUGGCCGGUGUUGAAUGAGCUUAUGCACACCUACCAAUCCAACGGCCGCGUAAUGGAACGGCUCUGCCGCGCGUUGCGCUUCGGGCUGCGCUGCGUCGGCGCCCGCGCCGCGCCGCUGCUGCCCGCGCUGGCCGCCCGCAUGGCUACAUUGUACCACCAGCACACGCACUCCUGCCUGCUGUAUCUGGCCAGUAUCCUAGUGGACGAGUUAUCGUCGGAGGCGGCGUGCGUGGCGCCGCUGCUGUCUCUCCUGGAAGCCCUGAUGCCGCGCGCCUUCACCCUGCUGCAGGACGGCGGCCUGCGCGACCACCCCGACACCGUCGACGACCUGUUCCGCCUGUGCAUCCGGUUCUUACAGCGUAUUCCCCUGGAGUUCCUGUCCUCGGGCGCGAUGGACGCAGUAGUGGGGUGCGCCUCACUGGCCGCCGCGCUCGACCAUCGCGAGGCCAACUCCUCUGUCAUGAAGUUCCUGUAUGAUCUGACACGGGCGGCGAAUUUGAGCACUAAUGAUCCGAUGAAGACGCGGGUUAAAGAGCUAGCAGACAACCACAUAAAGAACUACGGCGAGUCCCUAACCUACGCUCUGCUCGAGGCCUCCGUCUUACACCUGCACGGCUACAUGCUGGGCGAGGUGGCCGAGGUGCUGGUGGAGCUGGCGGCGUGGCAGCGCGCGCGCGGCGCCGACUGGCUGCGGCCGGCGCUGGCCCGCCUGCCGCGCGACCGCGCCGCCGCCGCCACCGAGCAGCAGUGCUGGCAGUUCCACCAGUACGCCAUGAGAGUGGAGAAAGUGAAGGAGAUGUCCCGAAUGCUACGAGACUUCGCGCGCCUCUACCAGUGAGCAACACGCGAGGGGUUAACUUAUUGAUGCAGUCACUAGUCCUACCAGAUUACAAUUAUAUUACUUUUAAAACUCAAACUCACUGCAUAAUAAGUUCGCAUUCAAGACUGGCUGAUUAUUUAUCAAAAUCAAGUGUUCGGACUUCCCACGCAUAUGUCUGACCUCCUCACGUAUAUGAAUUCAGCUUUACAAUCAGACCAUUACCAAUACAUUGACCACUCACAGAAGUAAAUGUAAUUCAAAUACCUUAAUCAAAGGAGGUCAAAAAUAUCUGCGUGGCGGUCUGUACAUUGAAACUAAAUAGCGUUCAUUAAUAAUAUCGAGCUUCGAGAGAAUAAAUAUAACGACGUAAUAUAUCAUUCAUUAUGACUAGAUGAUUUGAUUAUAGAUAGACCUAAAAUUGUUCCAAAGCUAUAGAAAUCUCGAUUAAUGUAGAGUGAAUUCUAUAGCUAUUCUAAUGUAUGAUUGACAAAAUAUUUAUUAUAAUAAUAGAGAUAAGCAAGACGCAAUAACAUUUGCAUUUCAUUUGUCUUUCUUUAAUACUUAUUUGAGUGAAUUAUACAGCCAAAAUUAGUAUUCUUGUUGACAAUAUCCACUGUCGACGUCUAAGUAAUAGUAGUAGGUAAGUAUUGCCACUUUGUUUAUAUUUGAAUUUAUUUUGUUAUACACCUUUUUACUUUUGGAUAUAAUGUGUUACGAGUUAGGUACGCAUCUGAUUGUAAAUAAUAAUAUUAAAUGUUUACUAGUA